AUGUUUGGCACCUCAUCUUUCGGAAACAAGCCGACUUCGUUGUUUGGUAACACGACCACGACCACAGCAACCGCACAGAGCGAGGAUAUCCCGGUGAACGGCGCUCCCGAUGACACGAUCUCGAAGCUGAAAUUUGCGCCUGCAAACGACCAAUGCCUGCUGGCAUGUGGCGCAUGGGAUGGUACCGCCAGAAUCUGGCAAGUCAACGAGCAAGGACAAAGUGAAGGAAAGGCCGAGCAGAAGCUGCCGGCACCAAUUUUGGACAUUGAGUGGUUUGACGACAGUUCCAAGCUCUUCUUGGCCUGCGCAGACAAGGAGGUGCGUUGCUGGGAUCUCGCGUCCAACCAGAUCGCCACCGUCGGCACGCAUGACGGCCCGGUGAAGACAUGCCAUUGGAUCACAAAUUCGGCAUAUUCGUGUCUGAUGACGGGCAGCUGGGAUAAGACGCUGCGGUUUUGGGACAUGCGACAGCUACCUACCCAAAGCUCGAUGCAGACUAUCCAACUCCCGGAGCGGGUUUACGCGGCUGAUGUAUCAUAUCCGAUGGCAGCUGUCGUUUUGGCUAACCGGGUUAUCAAGGUCUACAAUUUGGAGGGCGGUCCGCAAGAAUUCAAGCCGUUUGAGAGUCAGCUAAAGAUGCAGACCCGUUGCGUGUCUAUCUUCAAGGACCGUGCGACCAAUCAACCAGCCGGAUUUGCCUACGGACGAGUGGCUGUGCAAUACCUAAACCCGAAGGAUCCAAAGGACAAUUUUACCUUCAAAUGCCAUCGCUCUACGGAGGUUGUCAAUGGUUUCCAGGAAAUAUACGUGGUGAACGACGUGGCUUUCCACCCGCAACACGGCACGCUUCUCACUGCCGGAUCCGAUGGCCGCUAUUCCAUGUGGGAUAAAGACGCCAGAACGAAGCUGAAGGCCUCCGAAUGCUACAUGGCUCCUCUGACGUCGGUGGCAAUGCACGCAUCGGGCUCGAUUAUGGCUGUAGCGGCCGGUUAUGAUUGGAGCAAGGGACAUGAAGGCAACACACAGCCCGGCUCCAAGAUCUUCCUCCAUAAAUGUGGCGACGACAUGAAGCCGAAGAACAAGAAA